AUGGUUGCGUUUACCAAGUUAGUUUUAGGUACAGCUACCUUACUGGUUAGCCAAGUGUUGGCCACUAACAGCACUUGGCCAUCAGAUGGAAGCACGCCAUCCAGAGAUGUCAUCAUUUCCCAGGCUGUAAAGCAAGUGGAGAAUAUUAUUGAGAGCACUACAUUUAGCUCCAAUUGUACCAAGUGCCUUGCAGGACUGGAAGUCGGCAAGUUCCUUGCAUUGACGUACCCCGACAUUGUUCCUGAUAUUUUGACAGAAUUAUGCACCAAGGAGAAGUACUCAACCUUUGAUCCUUGUGAUGUUGCCUUCGGCAAGUACUCCACGACGGAAGGUACUAGUGGCUCUGAUAUAACCAAUGUAUUACAAUUGAUUGAUGCUGCAGGCCUCGAUGGUGAAUACAUUUGUUACUAUCAAUUAAAUGGAGCAUGUCCAUUGCCUGAGACACCCAAAUUCGACUUGAGCUCCUGGUGGCCUGAAAAGCCCACAAACCUGACUCUACCUACCCCUUCUAACGAAACAUUUAAUGUUAUUCAUGUUUCUGAUCUCCACGUUCAAUUAACCUAUCAGGUCGGAUCAGAAGCUAACUGUUCACAAUACAUGUGUUGUACCUCUCAUAAUUAUAAUGAAGAUGCUCCCAAUGGUACUGUACUUGAACCAGCUGGAACCUGGGGUGGAUAUUACUGUGAUGUUCCACCCGUUUUAUUGGAUAAUUCUUUACAAACAAUUGGAAAUUUGUCAUCAAAUUUCUCUUUUGAGUUCGCAAUCUUCACUGGUGACAUGGUUGAUCAUGACGAUGAUCAAUAUUUGUCGUUGAGUUACACCAUCGAAAGUGAGGAAGAGAUAUAUUAUGCACUCAAAAACAAUUUGAAAGGAAUUCCUGUUUAUGCCACUCUUGGAAAUCACGAUUCAUUUCCGUACGGACAAAUCGCACAGAACUCUUCUGGAUUUGCCAACAAAUUUGAGUGGAAUACAGAUCUUGCAGGCGAUCUGUGGGCUGACAGAUUUGGUUGGGUGAGCUCUGAAGUCGGUGAUCAAAUCCGUACUAACUAUGCCGCCUAUGCCACAACUACUAAUCGUGGUCUGCGUGUCAUUUCUCUCAACUCUAAUUUCUGGUACACUGCUAAUUACUACAACUACUGGAACACAACGCAGCCCGAUGAAUCUGGUGUGUUUAAGUUCUUAGUCGAUGAGUUGGUGGCUAGUGAACAGAAGGGCCAGCGUGUUUGGAUCGUUGCCCAUGUUCCCACUGGUGGUGACACAAGUAAUGCUCUUCCAGGACCUACGGCCGUUUUCGGCCAGAUUAUCGAGAGGUUUUCUCCCUUCACUAUAGCUGGCGUGUUCUUCGGUCACACCCAUGAGGACCAGUUCCAAAUCUUCUAUGCUGAUAAUGGUUCCAACAGAACUGCUGAAAAUGCUCUCCAAGUUGCUUAUCUUGCUGAAUCAAUCACACCUCUUUCUGAGUACAAUCCAGGUUGGAGAUAUUACAAGGUUGACACAGAGACAUUUUCCAUUAUGGACUCUGUCAACUACUAUUUCCCUUUGAAUGAUACAUUUGGAGAUAACAAUGCCAUUCCUGAAUGGCAUUUUGGAUAUUCUGCUCGUGAGACAUAUGAUCUCAAUAACACUUGGCCGAGCAACGCGCCAUUAAACGGUACCUUCUGGCACCAUGCUGCCCAGAAUAUCUACAACACAAAGUCGCUUAGAGAUUCUUAUCUCAGCAAUGAGUACAGAAGGUCGCCAUAUGUUCCUUCGUGUGAUACUCUCAACUGCCGUAACAGCAUGCUUUGUUAUUUCUCCAGUGGUACAGUUGACCAAGCGCUUGCUUGCGAGAAGCAAUACAAUCUCACCGAUCCUGUAUUUUUGUAA